UACCUACACACCAGCCGGUCACCAUUUCUUCCACAUUGGAGCCGUCUUCCGCCGACAUCGAGCGAAGAGGUGCAGCCGAUCCCGGGCCUCCAAUCCAGGGCGGAGGGAGGGAAGGAGGGCGCUGGGAAUCGGGAUGGAGAGCGGAGAGGGUGUCGGCGGGCCUGGUGGGCCGGACGGACCGGGGCUCCAGUUUGGCUGCGCCUCUUUCAACCAAGACUCCACGUCACUGGCUGUGGGAACAAAGACUGGCUACAAGCUGUUUUCUCUGACCAUGGUGGAAAAUUUGGACUGUAUCAAUGAGAGUGCAGAGACUCCAGAUGUCUACAUCGUGGAGCGUCUAUUCUCCAGCAGUCUGAUAGUCAUGGUGAGCACCACCAUGCCACAGCGCAUGAACAUCUAUCACUUCAAGAAGGGGACAGAGAUCUGCAACUAUAGCUAUCCCAACAACAUCCUGGCUAUCAAGCUUAACAGACAGAGGCUCGUGGUGUGCCUUGAAGAGUCCAUUUAUAUCCACAACAUCAAAGAUAUGAAGCUGCUCAAGACUCUGCUCAACACUCCUAUCAAUCCCUCUGGUCUCUGUGCUCUUUCUAUCAACCAUUCCAACUCCUACCUGGCCUAUCCAGGCAGUGCCACUAUUGGGGAGAUCAUAGUGUAUGAUGCCAACAGUUUGAACACAGUGACCAUGAUCCCGGCUCAUGACAGUCCUGUGGCAGCUCUCACCUUCAACGCCUCGGCCACCAAACUUGCCAGCGCCUCAGAGAGGGGCACCGUCAUCCGAGUGUUCUCUGUUCCUGAGGGUCUGCGUCUCUUUGAGUUCCGCCGGGGCAUGAAAAGGUACGUCAAUAUAAGCUCUUUAUCCUUCAGCCCUGAUGGCCAGUUCCUCUGUGCAUCCAGCAACACAGAGACGGUGCAUAUCUUUAAACUAGAGCAACUUGGACCAAGUGGAGGGGACGAGCCUAACACCUGGACAGCCUAUGUGGGAAAGAUGUUCUCAGCAGCCAGCAGCUACCUCCCUGCUCAGGUAUCCGGUAUGAUGAGACAGGACCGGGCCUUUGCCACUGUUCACCUCGUUACAUCUGGACAAAGGAAUGUCUGCACCCUCGCUAUAAUCCAGAAGCUUCCGAGGCUACUGGUAGCCACAGCUGAUGGGCAGCUGUUCAUCUACAACGUGGAUCCACUGGAUGGAGGCGAGUGCAUGUUGGCCCACAAACACAGGCUUUUUGGUACUGAUGAUGAUCAAGGUGAAGGAAAAGAGUCAGAAGGGUCAGAGGUCACCGGGCCAGUACAGGCCUGUCCAUCCUAUGCUGCGACUGCUGCCUUACCAGCCGCUGGUCCAGUUACUGCAACCCUUACUGGCUACUCUGAAGACGGUGGUGUAAAGAAAGGGGAAGUCAUUCCAGAGCAUGAGUUUGCUGCUGGACCUGUGUCUCUGGACGACGAGAACGAGUUUCCUCCUAUUAAUUGGUGCCGAGACGGGACUGGAGGUGGCCAGGCCAGGCCCUCAUGAAUGGAUAGAAGGACAGUUGGACAGACAGACAGGCACUGGCAAGUGGGAUGAACAGCAAAAAAGGGGAAAAAAGUCAUUCAGGGUGCCAAGUUACGUUUUUCCAUUUGAGACAAAGUAAUAUUGAUUGCCAUUGAAGUUGACGUUGAAAACAAAACACUGACCAAGAAGUAGAUAUCGGAGAAAUUUCUGAGAGAACCUGUAUCUGGUCCUGAUGUUACCUAAUGGGUGUGUUAAAAAUACACUUCUGAUUUUGUAACAGAACCAACAGCACCUCGAAACUUCAUUUUAGCUUAGGGUUGAGUUUUAAAACAACUGAACUCAGAGGAAAUUCCAGAGGAAAUUCCCCAAUUUAUAGAUGCUGUUGACUACUUAAAAAAAUCAGGGAGUUUGUCUUCAUGGAGUGUUAUAUGAAAGUAUGAGGUGCAUGCUGGACAAGAAAUAUAACCACAAUUUUCAUAGCUUUUUUACUUGACAAGUAUUUUAGUAAGUUUCAUUAUUGUAGCAAAAUUUUUACUUCUCAUAAUAAUAAUAUCUUAGUUGACGUCCAUAAUAAUAAUCUGAAUUGUUUUCAUUUUUAUUUUGUAUUGUAUUUUACUGCAAUGACAUUGAUUUGAUGUUUCUGUGUAUGUCUCCUGGAUACAUUUCAGAUGGCAUGCAUGUACUGUAUUUUUGUUUGUGCCUAUUAUGAUUUGUAAACGAGCAAAGCAUUUUGCUACUUGCACAAGACCAAAACAAGUAAAAGAAACAAAUAAAUAAAGUGGAGUAAGAAUGAACCUAUGCAAAGCAAA